CUAACAAAAGUUGCAUCAGCGUUUCUUCACGUUAUUUAGCUACACAACUUAAUGAUAGCAAGAAUAACAACAGAGAAAUGGCGUUAAACAACACAAGUUCGAUGCCAGAGAUCCUCAGUUAGUUAACUGGUAACGUUGCUGGGUUUUUACACGUCCUCAUUACAAAUACCUGUCUGUGCUCAGCAGGGAUCCUGUCUGACCCCGUGUGAAGAAUGGAGGCUACACAGGUGAUCUCUGACUCAUUCCUGGAGUCAGAUGAGGCAGAAGAUGAAGAGGAAGAUGAAAACAAGAGGGGUCCACCAUUGGCUAAACUGUGCAUCUUAAAGAACGAGCUCGUCCCUGAGACAGAGUUGCCCCUGUUUUUGGGAAAUAACGUGCUGGGUCGUGACCUCAGCGCCUGCACCCUGCACUUGCCAUCGCCCUCGAUAUCCAAGCAGCAUGCCACCAUCAGCCUCUCUGUGUACAGGAGAAGAGGUCGUCGCAGUGAAGGGGAUGUGGAGGCUUUGGUGUGGGACCUUGGGAGCAUGAAUGGAACCCGCAAAGGCCGCUUAAAGCUGACGCCUAACGUACGCUACGCCCUCAGUGAUGGUGACAGUUUGGUGGUGGCAGACAUCCCAUGUCAGUAUGUCAGCUGCCAUGUAGACGCAAACAAUUCACAAGGGGGCAUGAGGACUCCUGUGAGCAGAAAUAUGGGGGUAAAUGCUGGGUCACCGGAUGUCACUGAAAAAGAGGGAGGUGGCAAAAGCACAGACAGCAAGAAAUGUGAAAACAGAGACACGAAGGCGAGGGUGUCAUCAACCAAGACUCCUGUCGGGGUCAGUAGCCUCUUCUUAGAGCAAACUCCAACCCAGCCAGAGGGGACCCUGGUCCCAGAAUCUGACGCGGACUCAGAUGGAGAAAGAGAGAGAGGAGGCAGAGGGCGUAUGGCUUUAGUGUCUGAUUCUGACUCCCAUAAAUUUAGUCCUGCUUGUUCUACAUUCUUGAGUCCCACAAACAAAAUCGUCCCUGAAAGUGAGGAUGAAAGUCCCAUCACACCAUCCUCCUCCUCUAAAAAUAGGCCGUACAGACAUGUCAGAUUCAGCGAGGAAGAGACAGAAGUAGAUGGGGCUGGACAGCGGCUGGAGGAAAAAAAGACACUUGCGAUUGUGGAUGACAGUGAAGAAGAGGGAGGAGGAGAGAAAGAAACAGUCACACCAGAGGAAACCAAGCCUAAGGAAAGUGGACAGCAUGUACCAGUGACACAGGAAAGAAAUGUCAGUUUUAUGGGAGAUGAUGAAUUGCCUGUGUCUACAUUAGCAGUCACCAAAGAUGUGAUCCUUGUACUUAACAUGGACAGUGACACUGAUGUGGAGGAAGAGGAGGAAGGGGUGUCAUCUGCAGGUCCUGUGACCUUGAACAUAAACCAAGUCAGUCAGCCACCGAACACUGCCCACUUUCACAUGGACAGUGAUACAGAUGAGGAUGAAGAUGCCUUGGACAAAGAUCUUACAGCUGUGACUUCCUCUGAUGACAGUACCAAACUUUCUCAUGUUAAUUCAGAUAUUCAGCCGGAGGGAAUCACUAUGGACAGUGACACUGAUGUGGAUGACGAUGCUGUUGUGUCAGACGCUGCCACAAAAACAAAGCCCAUGUCAGUUCAGAGUGCGUCCACAGCUGACUCUGCUCCUUCAGUGCAGCCGAAAGAUUUCCACCUGGACAGUGACACAGAUGUUGAAGAUGAAGACGAACGGGAAUGUGGAACGAAUGAAUCGAGCUCCAAAAUAGAUGAAAUUUCCAUUUCCAUUAAAAAGCCAGCUGGGCCUGAAUCUGCCGCUGCUGCUCCUCAUGGCCUACAUUUCGAAAGUGACACAGACGAUGAAGAGAUCCCUGCCCCUGCCCUCAGUGAACCCCCGGUGGUGUUUGCUGUAGCCUCAGACUCAUGCACCGCUACAGACCGAGGGGUUGCUAUUCUGUCUGACAGUGACACAGACAUGGAAGACGAUGCUCCUCAGGUUAUGUCUGUAGCUGUCACAACCUUGGCGGCCUCUCCUGGUACCAAGCCGCCCGCUCAGGAGUCAGAUUCGGAUGCAGACACAGAUGUGGAGGGGUCAGGCCAGAGCGGAUCCAAACCAACUGACCUCGGAUUGGACAGUGAUACAGAUGUGGAGGAUAAGGAGGCAGACAUUGACGAGGCCGGUGAUGACCAGAUCCCUAACUUAUGCAGAGAAAACACACCUGGGCUGAUGGUUCCUCUUCUGCAGAACUGCUCUACUCCUGUACAACUGCAAGCCUUUGACUUUGGGAUGGUCCCAGAAAGAGAGGUGGAAAAAAUGGAGACUCAGGCUUUCGAGAGUCCCUCUUCAGUUCCAUUUCAGGGUGCUGUAGCUGCUGCUGUAAGACCUGUAGCAUUGUCCUCUUGCUCAGACAGCCAAGAGGACGAGGACUAUUUUGUUGCUGAGACGCAGUCCUUCAUUCUUCAGACCCGAGAUCUCCAUAGCAGCCCUCCAGAGGAUCAUGCCAUUGAACCCACCCAAGCUUUUUGCCCUGAAACUUCUAGUGAUGAAACUGAUCAACCGUCCAGCAUAGAAAGGUCUUUACAACUGGAAUUGUCAAGCAGCAUCCACCGGCAGUGUCCUGCCCAAGCUCUAGCCAUGGAGAACACCCAGGCGUUUGUGGAAAGAGGUGUGAAUAUGGAAGAAACCCAAGCAUAUGCAACUACUUCAACUGCAGACAGAACCUCUGCCGACAAUGAUGCAAAUCUGGAGGCUACACAGGACUAUGAAGAGGACGAGGAGCCUGCCAGAUAUCCUGAGAAAGAAGGGCAGACAGUUUUGGUUCUAGAAGAAACACAGGCAUAUAUUACAAAGCCAGACAGUGAUUCAGAGAGUGAGACGGAUGAAGAUGAGAGAAAAAAUAUUACUGCUACUGCUGAGACUCAGCCUUUUGGCUUUAGUACUUCAUGUACUCCUACCAUGGCUGAAACCCAACCAAUAUCUGCCUUCGAGGAAAAGAAGAGUGUGGCAGAAGAGAGUGAGGAACGUGGGGGGACACUUCAACCUCAGCAAAGAAUGUCUGGUGAGGUUUUAUCAAUAGCUCAAACUCAGCCUAUGAAUACACAUAGCAAUGGGGAAAGUGAUGAUGAAGAAGAGGAGAAGACACAGCCUCUCACUGGUUCAGAUUUAGCAGUUGCUGAAACUCAGCCCGUGCACAUUGGUUGUGCAGAAACUCAGCCCAUGGCUACAAGUGAUGAUGAGGACUUGAUGCCAGGCCCCCGAAAAAGGAGAGCAAAGCAGCUGUCUGAAUCUGAACUGACACAAACGCGCACAAACUCUGAGGUCUCUGCAGUUGAAACCCAGCCAGAAGAUCCAGUUGAAGGUGGGGAAAGUGAUGAAGAAGACUCGAUUCCAGUUUUUAAAAGACGCCGAGCAAAACCACUUCCACUUGAGAAGACACAAUCCCUCUCUGGCUCUGAAGCCUUUGCUGCUGAAACUCAGCCCAUGGGUGCACGUGAGGUCGAGCAAAGUGACGAAGACGACUCAAUUCCUGGCCCACGAAAGAAAAGAAAAGCAAAGCAGCUGUCUGAAUCAGAACUGACCCAAACGCUCACAAACUCUGAGGUCUCUGCAGUUGAAACCCAGCCAGUAGAUCCAGUAGAUCCAGUUGAAGGUGGGGAAAGUGAUGAAGAAGACUCGAUUCCAGUUUUUAAAAAACGACGAGCAAAACCACUUCAACUUGAGGAGACGCAAUCCCUCUCUGGCUCUGAAGCCUUUGCUGCUGAAACUCAGCCCAUGGGUGCACGUGAGGGCGAGCAAAGUGACAAAGACGACUCAAUUCCUGGCCCACGAAAAAGAAAAGCAAAGCAACUGCGACUUGAAGAAGUGGAGACACAGCCUCUUAUUGUUGAAGACUCGAUUCCAGGUCCACAAAAAAGAAAGGCAAAGGCUCUGCAACUUAAAGAGGAGGAGACGCAACCGCUCCCGAGUUCUGAGGUCUCGGCUGUUGAAAGUCAAGUGACACAAUCUGAAGCUGGAACCAGUGGAAUCAGUGUUAGGGGCAAACGAGGGACAAGGGCAACAAUAGGAGAGGACGAAGAACAGACAGAGUGUUCAGAAUCUCCAAAGAGACAAACGAGAGGGAAGAGUAAAGCUUUGCCAACUAUCAGAGGAAGGAGGGGGAAAUCUGGGCCUGUUGGGGAUGUAAGUGAGGAAGAGGGGGAGUUAGAGCAGGGUAGGAGAACAAGGGGAAGAACAUUUACAAGGCAGCAGAAAGGCAAGGAAGAAGAGGGAGGAAAGUCUGAAUUUGAAAGAAAUAAACCUGCGGAAAAUGGCAACCGAAUAAAGAAAAAACAGAAAGCAUUAGGAGAGGAAGGAGGUGUUGCAGACCUAAAUAAAGAGAGAGAAAAUAGGGAGAUUGAGGAAAUAGAGAGGCGUAGAAUGGAAGAACAAGAAAAAAAAGAAAAUAAGGGAGAACAAGAAAGAUUGCAUGCUGAAAACAUGGAGAGGAUACGACUUGAACAAGAAACAGCAGAGAAAGAGAGAAAGGAACAAGAAGAAAAGCAAAGAGUGGAGAAAGAAAUAAAGAAACGAGAAACAGCUGAUCGAAUACAAAAAGAAAAAGAACAAUUGGAGAAGAAAAAAAGGGACAAGGACGAAAAAGAGAGAUUGGAGCGUGAAAAGUCAGAAUGUAAAGAAAGAGAGAAAUUGGAAUGGGAAAGAAAGGAGCAGGAAGAGAAAGAGAGAUUGGAGAGAGAAAAGAGGGAAUUAGAAGAGAGACUUGAGAGGGAGAGCAGGGAAGAGGAACAGCAAGCAAGGUUGCAGAGGGAAGAAAGAGAAAGACUGGAGAAAGAAAAAGAGACCAAAGAAAACAAAUCCAAAGUGUCAAUUGGAGGUCGAAAAGCAACGAAAAAAACUACCAUUGCCACAUGUUCAAUAGAGCAAGACUCAGCUGUAUUGGCCAAAGAUGAUUUCCCAGCGAGGAGAACAAGAUCUCGCUCCAACUCCUCCAACUCCAUCAGCUCCGAGAGAUCUGCGUCAAGCGUCAGCACCCAGCAGGAGAGCCGCGGGAGAGGUCGAGGCAGAGGAGCAAAAAGGAUCAGUGAGCCAACUCAGACGGCCGUCGUCAGAAGAGGCAACAGGAGGAGGACGGUGGCUGCAGAGACAACAGAGCAGGACAAUAAUGAUGGAGUCCUUUCCAGGUCUAACUCCUCCAAUUCUCUCAACUCUGAUAUUUCAAGCUACAGUGUGAGCUCACAAAGCCGAGGCAGAGGAGGCAGUCAGCGGGGAAGACCACGGAUAACAGAGGCUGAGUCAGACUCUAUCCCUCCUAUCAAAAGUCAGAGUGAUCAGAAUUCUGCUACCAAACCUGCAGCCAGAGGUAGGAAGGGCCGGAAAACUGAGCCAUCCUCUAGUGCGGUUCCUCAGGAAGAUGAUGCAGAGAAGGCAGAUUCACAGCAGGCUCGUACCACAAGGGGACAGCGCAGAGCCACGACAAACAUCUCUGAAUCAACUGCUGCAGACGAGGAGAAGCAGUCCAAUCAGGACGAAGGUCACGGCAGUGAGGAAUCACGUCCCCCUAAGAGGAAUGUCUGGGGCAGAGCCCAAAAAUCAGGAGCUUCUGCAGCCAGUAAAGGAGAUGAGGCUAAAGACAAAGUACAAGUGAGGAAGAGAGAGCUGGAGCCAAAUAUAGAGGAGGAUUCUCACAGUGGCACCAACAUUUCUAUAGUGACAGUCCAAGCAGUAGGGACAACACAGGAAGGAGGACAAGAUGAAAGUAAGGAUGAUAAUCCUGUCCAACCUAAGAGGAGAGGUAGAGCAUCUAAUUCUCAAGUCAAGAAGGACACAAAUCAAUCUCCUGUUGAAGUGGAGUUGAAAGUAGAGAAGGAGAAUGUCGAGAAGAGGGGCAGAAGUCGGCCAUCAGCGGUCCAGAAAAAAAGGGAAGAGGAGCAGGAAGAGAGUGGAACAUCUGCCAGUUCCACCACACAAGAGGCCAAAGUGCAGACUCCAGAGACUCCAACCAGCAGAGUAUCCCGGAAGCGACAGGCUCCUGCGGCCUCCUCUCCUGUGGCAAAGACUCCUCGCUCCUCCUCCUCGUCUUCCCCUGCAGCUCGAGGUCGACUACAAGCUGCGAGUCCGGCCUACAAAGUGCUGUUCACAGGCGUGACGGAUGAAGCCGGGGAGAGAGUGCUGGCUCGUCUGGGAGGCAGCAUGGCUAAAGGUGUGGCCGACAUGGACUGCCUGGUGACCGAUCAAGUGCGCAGGACUAUCAAGUUCCUUUGUGCAGUGGCCAAAGGAAUCCCAAUUGUCAGCACAUGCUGGUUGGAAAAGAGCGGCAAAGCUGGGAGCUUCCUGUCACCUAAUGCUUUUGUUGUGAAGGAUCCGGAGCAGGAGAAGAAGUUCGGUUUCUGCCUGCAGACGUCUCUGACGAUGGCCAGCAGUCAUCUUCUAUUACAGGGAUAUGAGAUCCAUGUUACGAAAUCAGUGAAGCCGGAUCCAGCUCAAAUGAAAGACAUAAUCUCCUGCAGUGGAGCAAAAUUUCUACCCAAGAUGCCCUCUUCUCACAAGCCUCGGACUGUGGUGAUUUCCUGCGAGGAGGACUGGUCACUGUGCGGCCCGGCCGUCUCUGCAUCCCUCCCAGUCGUCACUGCCGAGUUCAUUCUCUCAGGAAUCCUUCAGCAGAAAGUCGACUUACAAACACACGCACUCCCUGCUCCCGUCACUAAUGCAGGAGGCAGAAGAAGGGGCAGGAACAAGACAUAGCAUCGAUACAGUCAUGCACCUUCACAUUGUAUGUGCGGUAAAUCUGCAUAAGUGUUUUUGAUCAUAUAAUCUCGAUACCCUUUCAAACCAGAGACCUAUAGAAGCACUAGUGACUCAGCUGUUUGUUUCUUUUAAAGACUUGACUUAUUUGGCAAAAGUUGAUUGUACAUUAAUGUAAAGACAUUUUGUACAUGUAUUGCCAGCACUGGAAGCCUGCUUGUCAUUUAUGUUAAAAAACUAAUUUUAUAGGUACAACAACUGUAUAUAAGAGAGUGAUGUGAGAAGCUUUGCGGGGGGGUUAAAUUAGGGUCCUCGCGGCUCCCCUUCACCUCCUUUGUGUUCCAUCCCUCCUUUUAUACAUCAACAACCAAUAGAGCACAAAUUAACACUGCUAAAUUGCUGCUACUCAGUAUGCUAAGUGCUUAAUCAGCAUUUUUGGCACAUGACCAACCAGGAUGCAGCGAGUUGUAUAAAUCAUGUUGGGAUGGUGGAGCGCUGGAACCGAUGGGAUGUGUUUAGAAAUCCAUCAGCUACGGUUGUAAGAUGAAGUGGGGAAAAAAAUCCGGUUUCCUUUCCUGAUAAGAAGAAGUGCAUAUAGUGCCUUUUAUACCGAGGUAGUCCUGAACCUAACAGUGUAUUUGUUGUUCCUAUGCCUCCAUUAACCACCACCACCCACUCCAUUAAGGCCUCGUCCAAUCCUAUUACCUCCACAGAUGAGCGGAGUGUAUGCACCCGAAUGCUGAUGCUGCCUCUACAUCAAUAUCUUAUGAUGUUUGUCCUUGCCAUGCAUUCACCAACUGUCUCUUUACUUUUUAGCAUGCAGCUUUGAAGGUAUGAUGUAACUGUAUGAUAAAUGUCAUUGGUGUUUUAAAAAAAGACCCUUCAGCUCUACCAAAUCAUGAAAUCAGUCUGUACUGUCAAAUGAAAACAUUAAACAUUUCCUAUUGCCUUUAA